GCUGUUUCUCUCCCCUGUGAUUUGAUUCGAUGCUCCUCCAAUGCCAGACCCAAAGCCCUCUCUUGUCUCUUGCAUUCUGACCAUGAAAUCAAACAAGGAGGAAGCUAAUGGAGAACACCGUGUAGAUGGAAAGAAUCAUGGAGCAUCUGGGGGUGCUGGUUCCAGUCAAAUAAAUGAUAAUCAUAAUAAUAGUAAUGGUGAUGCUGAUGUUGAUGAUAUGUGUAAUGGAAAUGUUAAUGGUGAUGUCCAUGCAGAUAUCGAUGACACAGCGGAUAGUGAUGAGGAGGAGAUGGUGGAUAGAUGUGCAAGAGGUAACAAUGCCGGAGACUGCAUUGUUGUUGAUUGGUUAGAAGGAGAGUAUUGUUUUGAAUGCAAUAGCACAAGUGGCCAGAUUUUGGUCUGCCGCGAAAGUGGCUGCCCAGUUGCUUUCCAUGAGGCGUGCUUGACCUGGACACCCAAAUUUGAUGAAAUGAGUAAAUUCUACUGCCCUUAUUGUUUGUACAAGCAAGAAGUGGCCAGGCUCAAAGAAUUGAGACAGAAAGUUAUGUUGGCAGAGAAGGAAUCAUCCAACUUUAUAUGUUUAAGAAGGGAUGGUGGAAAUGAAGAGGGGGAAGGUGAAAUGGUGAGCUUUAAAAGAGCAAGUGCAUCAACAAUGGCAAGGGAAGUGAGUUCUGGUGAUUGUGGAAAUGGGUUAAAUGACGAUGAUAAAGUGACCACUCCUCAUAAUCAAGAUGAAAUACAGGGUGUUGAGUUGAUAAGCAAAGAAAAAUCUUAUGAGGGAAACAUCUCUACAACUCAUGGGUCUGACAAAGUUGGGAAUGGAGAAAGGAUGCACGAGGAUAUAGAAAAUCCCAAUAGUGAAGAUAAUGAAACUGAUGAGGGAGAGCCAGUGCUCCCAAAUGCAGUAGGAACUACCUUCCACAGGUGUCAAAAGGAUGACAAACAAACAGCUAACAAGGCAUCAUCAUUUCAACCAAGUUCCAGUGCAAAUAAUAUGGAUUUGAACCAUGAGGGAAACAAUGAAACAGCAAAAACCUCUGCAAAGUGGCAAAAAUCAACCAAGCGGUCCUUGAUGCCCUGUACUGAAAAGCGUAGGAGACUACACUGGACAGCUGAAGAGGAAGAUAUGCUGAAGGAGUUAAUGCAGGAAUAUUCAACUAAAGCAAACAAAAACAUCCCCUGGAGGAAAAUUUUGGAACAUGGUCGAUCUGUUUUCCACUCAACUCGUCUCCCGGUUGACCUUAAGGAUAAAUGGAAGAAUAUUGUGUCUAAAGAGAUCUCUAAAAGGUAACGAGGGUCCUGAUUAAAACUGGAAGUGUAAGGUAAUGGUUUUUUGUCGUUAAUGUUCAACUGCCAUGCUGGAAUUCUCUCAUACAAGUUAGGGGGCUCAAUGCCCUUUUUGUUGUAAAUAUGUCUUACAAAGUAGGUAAGGCGUUCAAUGUGUUCCUGUUAUUAAUAUGACCAGUUUAAGUUGGUGUUGUGCAAUAU